CUCAGCGGAGCGGACGGCAGCACUCCCGGGAGCCGCGGAGGGGCCCGCACCGCGGCAGCGCCGGGACACCGGCACCGGGGCAGCGGGACGCAGCCGAGCGCUUUACACCAGCGUAUAGCGGCGGCGGCGGCGGCAGCCCAAAGCAAUCGAUGCGGACCGGCUGUGCGGCGGCGAGCGCAUAGUCCGUAACAAUCGAGGGCGGAGCGGCGGCAUGCGGCGCCUGGUGCACCUGGACAUGAAGGGCGCCGCGCCCCGCGCAGCGUACCUGGCGGAGGUGCUGCCGCUCCUUCGCGCCCUGGGCGCCACCGGGCUGCUGCUGGAGUACGAGGACACCUUCCCCUACGCGGGGCCGCUGGGGCCGCUGCGGGCACCGCACGCGUACAGCCCAGGGGAGGUCCGGGCCGUGCUGAGCCAGGCGAGAGCGCAGGGGCUGGAGGUGGUGCCGCUGGUGCAGACCUUCGGGCACAUGGAGUUUGUGCUGAAGCACAAAGAGUUUGCUCAUCUCCGGGAGGUGAAGGUCUUUCCCAACGCCCUCAACCCACACAAGGAGGAGUCGCGGGCGCUGGUCAAAGCCAUGAUUGACCAGGUCAUGGCACUGCAUGAAGACGUAAAAUGGUUUCACAUCGGAUGUGAUGAGGUCUACUACCUUGGUGAAGGAGAGGAGUCAAAACAGUGGCUGCAGCAAGAGGACAACACCCCAGAGAAGCUGUGCUUAUCCCACAUAAAAGCAGUAGCGAGUUGUGUGGCCUCAUCUUACCCCGCUGUGACACCCAUCGUGUGGGAUGACAUGCUCCGAGGGAUGAGUGAGGAAACGUUGGCAGAAUCUGGGGUCCCACAGCUUGUGCAGCCGAUGAUCUGGGACUAUGCAGCAGACCUGGAUGUGGAAGGCAAAGUGCAUCUCAUAGAGAAGUAUCGUAGAUGUGGCUUCUCCAAGGUGUGGUUUGCUAGUGCUUUUAAAGGAGCUACAGGAGUGAAUCAGUCUCUAAUCCUUAUUGGACACCACUUAAAAAACCAUCUUCAGUGGCUGGAAGUGGCAAGCAAAAGCCCUGCUGAUGUCCUCGAAGGUAUCGCACUGACCGGCUGGCAAAGGUAUGAUCACUUCUCUGUUUUGUGUGAGCUUCUCCCAGUGGCAAUUCCAUCCUUGGCUGUAUGUCUGCAGACACUAAAGAAUGGUGGUUAUUCUGAAAAGGUUAAAGAAAAUGUGGAAGAGCUCCUGGGAAUGUCUAACCUGGAAAUUGAUACUUUCAUGAGCACAAGUUUGGGAACCUUUCCUGGGAGCAAUAUCCUUACACUCGUGACCCAAGUUAGUUUCUACCUCAAGUCAUCAGUGGAUGAACUUCUUGAAAGGAACAGGUAUGUCACAGGCUGGUUCAGCCCCUACCACAGGAAAAGGAAGAUGAUCCAUCCUAUAAUAAUGCAUCACUUUCAGCCAGAUGCAGUAAGUCUUCUCUCCAAGUGGAAUGCUGUGGUGCAAGACCUCCAAGCAGCCAUGGAGCAAGUUUUCCACACGUGUACUAUAGAGGAAUGGAUGGAGGAGAAUGUCUACCCUAGCCUACAGAAGCUGCAGCAAGUGGUGGAUGAUUUAGAUGAAGCAAUAAAGGCACAAAAUUAGGGACAUUUCAAUUAGUCUGUCUUACUCCAUGGGAAAACAGGGCUAGUGGAAAUCAGCAACUAGUCACAGAGCUAGUUUGUCAACUUGAGAGUUGAAGCAAGAACUGUGGUGAAACAAAAGUGACCUGAAGGCAGAAAAGAACUUGUUAGUGUAUUAGGCUUCAGCUCUAUUUUAAUUUUCCUGUCUUAAUGCAUUGCUGAGCCUUGAAUCACCUGCCCUGUGAAGGAGAUUUGCUCCCCUUGCAUAAGAGAACACAAGAGAGAGUCACAACUCAGCUCUUUUACAAGGCAGGAGAAAGACCCAGUUUCUUCCAAUUCCACUAUUUGUAGUAACAGACUUUCUUACAUAACAAUGACCUGGAAGAGUUCUACAAGUUCUACUCUAGUCAGUAGCCAACAUGUUCUCCUUUGCAAUGUCUAGAAAAUGGAAGAUUUAGGAUACUUCAAACAUGCUUUAGGUCCUUACGUUCUGUACUGUGACCCAGUCUUUCAGCUGCAUUGAAAUGCCAUCGUGACAAGUCCUUCCACAGCAUGUAGCAGUUGAUUUGUUCCAGGUUUUGUUUUGGACUUUUCCAUUCUUUGAAAUACAUAAAACAUCGGUCUUAAAUCCAGCUUUGAUGAGCUUGAGAUCAGGAAACUGACCUCCAGCCUCUCGCAGAAGUCUGAGCAAGAACUGCUGUCGAUCUGCUCACGAGGCUGCAGCAGAUUAAGAGAUGCACCAUCAUAGUCCAGAGCAACAGGGAGCUCUGGAAAAGGAGCUUGUUACCAGCAGUAACAGUGACACUUGGCUGUGAGGGAAAACUGCCUUAACAUGCUGGUCGUCUGAACUUCUUACCAAAGCAUCAAAGCUAAACAUCAUCCCAUCCGCACAGAAAAGCACCAUCCCAGUCACUUUAAGGCAUCCAUUUCACUGUGUAAAACCUGAGAGACUGCAGGCUCAUCCAUGUUUGAAGCAUGACUGAAGUCUACUGAAGGAGGGGAAAAUGCUGUUAUGUUACAUUCUGCUUUAAUGUUGAACUUGUAAGAAUGUAUAGCAAUAUAUUUUGUGGACUUAACUACAGCAUUCAGAUAAUCACCACAAUGGAAAAUCAGUUCAAAAGCCUGGUAGUUAAGUAUGUUACUUUACCAUGAAUAUUCAAAAUAUUCCUGUUUGCUUCAUUUAGUGCUUUCUUGAAAGUCUUAUUUUGGAAGCACAGGUAUUGACAUUUUCUUGGAACAAUCUGUUCUAAAGAGCACAGCUCUAGAUCCAGGAAGUACAAGUACAGCAUGAGACAAAUCUAAUUUAAUGAGAGCUACAGGAGUUAAGUCCAUAUGCAGAUUUUUAUCUAUAGAAUCAAUGGCUAUGUAAACCUUAAUUACAAAAGCCACAUACCUUGAACUAAACAAGAUCUUAAUUUAUUUUACUUUAAUAAAUCCUUUGAUACUCAAGAAGUUUGUGGAAACGUGCUUUUUUUUUUUUUCAUGUGGUAUGUUGGUUUGGUUUAAAGGGGGGGAAAUGGAAAUACAUUCACUUGUGGAGAGUUGGCUAUAUCAGCUUAGAUGAAACUGAAAGCUGGGCUGCUGUAAAAGUGAAAGCAGAGCCAGUAAAGAGCUAGGUAUUUGGGUUUCCUUUACCCUGUCCUCCCCCAUGAACUCCUUCAAUAGAUCUGUGCCAAGCAGUAAUUCAGCCAGCCAUUGCUAUUUUAGUACAUUUUAAUUAAAAACAAUCUAAAAUGCUACAGUGACACAAAUUAUCAAAGUUGAUUUUAUAAAUGCACAUUUGUUUAAAAAAAGACACUACAGAAGGCCUUGCAAUUUUAAAGUAGCAAAGCAGUUCCUAAACAUUUUUGCCUCUCAGCAAUCUGCUACAGCGUUAGAACUAACACUAUUUAUUACGUGAGCCAGCUUAGUUUUUGGUAUCUGUGUAACUUCAUAAAUACAGCACAAGAGGCAGGUAUCAGCAAUAUAGGAUAAAUACUUCCAUUUCCUUUGAGACUUGCCCAAUUGAUCCUACUUACUGGAAUACCUCAAUUUGUGGAAUACCAGCAUAUUAGAUUCUAGCUUAGAUAAUACAGCUUUUCCCUCUGUAUAACAUGCAGUCUAGCUGUUGCUCAGUGCAACAGCCAAGGCCAUGAUCCAUCUGACCACAUGCAUGCAAGAAACUCCAACUGUGCUCUUCAAGCUGAAGGUGAAGCACCUGCCAAGUGGCACUUACCAUGCAGUUAUAAUAAAGGACAGAAGAGAAAAUGUUAGUUUUAUGGGGCAGGGCUUUCGAUCUAACUUAAGGGCUGUUACACAGGUUUUCAAGUCAUUUAUAAGUCAUACGAACUACAGCUGUCCAGGCUCUAGUAACUAGGCAGCCUGAGAGGCAAAAAGUUAACACAUCCCUGGAAUACUCUUCUAGGAACUUAUGAUUUCCUAACCCAAACUAGUCAUUCCCAUCAUUCCUUUUAGUACAAGCCACCUUACACCAGGCACACAUAAGGCUAUGUUUACUGGGCCUUUUUAUUUGCUAGGCCCAAGAGAAUUGAGGAAAAGCAUCCAAAAAAGCCUUCAGCAAAAUAGUGGAGUGGCAAGAGGAUCAGGGUGUAAGAACUAGGUAAGAAAAGAACCUGUUCUGGGUUAGCAACCUGCUGCUCUCAACAGCUCCUUCAAGUUGAAGAGUCCACAGACAUUGCGAUACCCAAAUCUACAUUAAUGGCAAUUUGCAAGUUAAUUUUCCAUGCACACGGUUAUUGCAAAACAUGAAAAUCUGGCUGUUCCCACUACAAGAAACAAGGCUUUUGAAGACAGGAAGCUCAAAACCUGGAUCAAGAGAAAACACAUCAGCCUGUGAUGUACAUUCACAUACAGCAUCAUCCAAUUGCCAAG